UCCAUGGACAAAAGCGGGAUGCCCUGGCAUUUGCGCUACCUGGGCCAGCCAGAGAUAGGGGACAAGAACCGUCACGCACUGGUGCGCAACUGUGUAGACAUUGCUACUUCAGACAACCUGACGGACUUUCUGGUGGAGAUGGGCUUCCGCAUGGACCACGAGUUUGUGGCCAAAGGGCACGUGUUCCGCAAGGGCAUCAUGAAGAUCGUGGUGUACAAGAUCUUCCGCAUCUUAAUGCCGGGAAACACGGAGAGCAUUGAGCCACUCUCUCUCUCUUACCUGGUGGAGCUCAAUGUGGUAGCGCCAGCAGGACAGGACGUCGUUUCUGACGACAUGAGGAACUUUGCAGAGCAACUGAAGCCUCUAGUGCACCUGGAAAAAAUUGACCCCAAAAGACUAAUGUGAUUGAAAAGCUGGGCAGUUAAGGCAUUGGUUUUGUUAGUGUUCCUGAAGAGGGUGUUUUUCUAAAAAGCCUUUUGUGGGCAAAUCAAAACAGAGAGAGGGAAAUAAAGGACUGCAUAUCAGUU